AGAGAGAAGUGAGAACGUGACGAAGCAAGGAACGAGUUUGAUCGUCGUUUAUAUACAUAUAUCUAUUUUUAUAUCGAUUAGAUCGAUUUUAGAACUUUUCGAAGACGUUCUUUAGAACUUUCUUCGUUUUCUUACGCUACGAUCUAUCGCGUCUCAAGGUCAUGAGCCGUAACUGGUUAACUUUUUUUGCGAGGGUGUUGCGUGUUCCUGGGGUAGAAAGUCAUUCAGCAUCUUGAAGUUGUAAUUCAAAGAAGAAGAAGAAGAAGAAGAAGAAGAAGAAGAAGAAGAAGAAGAAAGGGAAGAAGGAGUAAAGGUAUCUAAGCGAGGAAAGGACUCGUAAGGAGGAGAGAAAAAAGGGAAGAAAAGGACGAAGUAGUAGAAGAAGAAGAAGAAGAAGAAGAAGAAGAAGUAGAAGUAGAGGAACUUCGAGGUGGAUCGAAGGAGGUAUCUGCAGUAGAAUCUGAGAAGGAAAGAGAGAGAGAGAGAGAGAGAGAGAGAGAAAGGGAGAAAGCUAAAAAAUCAGCCGAACUCUUUCUCUCCCUUGACAGAACCUUCCUCCUCUUUUUAUCCCUCCGUUUCCCUCUCUAUCCUCCCUCUCCCUCUUACUCGAACGUAUCACGAAGCUGGCACCUGUCCUCGUUUACCUGGAGAACGCUCCGCCCCGACCAAUGGAGUCUCGAGGGGUCCGCUGAAGGCUCCUACCAUCGGAAGAGAGAGAGAGGGCCCGUUUGUCGAGUGGUGGUGGUGGUGGUGGUGGUGAUGGUGGGAGUCUUUCGGCAUCAUCCACCACCACCAACAGUAAUAGCACGAGUGUAAGUCGCUAAGAAAAGAGAAAGAGAAAGAGAAAGAGAAAAAGAGAAAGAAAGAAAGAAAGAGAGAGAGAGAGAGAGAGAGAGAGAGAGAGAGAGAGAGAGAGAGAGAAGGGACCUACCGGCGUCUCUACGAGUCGUUUUGGUGGGGACAGGAAGAGGGGCCUACCCCGUCUAGAGCUCGUAGUAUACUAUAGAAGCAAGCAAGCAAGAAAGCAAGAAAGAAAGAGAGAGAGAGAGAGAGAAAGAGAGAGAGAGAGAGAGAGAAAGAGAGAGAGAGAGAGAGUAGUGUAGGGGGUAUCCACCGAAAGCCAUCGCCGGCAUUUCCCACCACCGGCUCGUCCGGAAAACGUGAGGUACACGCGAGUCCACGCUUCCGGAGGCUGACUUUCAGUCUCGGGAGUCCGCCAGAGUCUGAUCAUCGCGAGACUCACGUUUUUUUUUCUCCUCCUGUACAUUUCAUUUCCACGCAACUCGAUCGUGUUAUACAUAUGUAAAUACGUAGGUGCCUCGUCGAUUGGAUAUAAUGAAAUCGGUAGUGUUCUUCGUUAGCUCGUUGUUGAUCAUCUUGAAGAUGUAGAGUCGUGUUUAAAAAAUUUUUCUUUUUUAUAUUUUGGUGAUUUGACAACGACGUAUUCCGAUUAUCGCGAUAGUGAUUACAUUAGAGUGCUUCUCUCUCUCUCUCUCUCUCUCUCUCUCUCUCUUUCUUUCUCUAUCUAUUUAUCUAUCUAUCUAUCUAUCUAUCUUUCUCUUUCUGUUUCUUUCUCUUCUUCUCUCUCUCUCUCUCUCUUAUCGAGAAAAUCUAAGUACAAUACAUCUGUAUAUCUACGUAUAGAUAUAGAUAGAUAAGAGGUGGUAACAAGAGAGAGUGCUUUCUCCAGGGUCGCUGUGGUGAUGCCCUGGUUAUGGUUAAGCGUGAGUAGUGGUGAGGUAAGUGGAGAGAGAGGGAAGAAGAAAAGAGGAGGACAACCGUUUUCCUCGUCAUCGUGGUGGAUCAAGCGUUCGUUCCUUGAACGAACGUCUGACACCCUUUUACGUCGAGGAAGAGGAGGAGGAGGAAGAAGAAGAAGGUGGUGGUAGUGAAAGGGUUGUGAUAAAGCGAAGAAGAAGAAGAAGAACAAGAAGAAGAAAAAAACGAAACAAAAAAAGAGAAAAAGAAAAGUAAAAGGAUAACAAAAAAAUAAAUAUAUAUAUACAUACAUACACACACACACAUAUAUAUAUAUAUCAAAUUGCAUAUAUAUAUAUAUAUAUACACACACAUAGUUGCGCGGAACGGAAGAAAAAUUGAGCGAUUCGUUCGCUCGAAUUAUGGUGUGCCAUCGUAAUCAUCAUCGUCAUAGGGGCCUCCUAAGGGCUAGCAGCCACCGUAGCUGCGCCUUUGGGAGGCGAGGAGAACACGUACCGUCGGUACUACGCGUUUUCCUCUUGAUAUUGGCACUCUGGAUGCCGGUACUCGACAACGGUGCUCUUGUACUCGCCUGCGGACCCGGCAGAGGCGCCGGAAGACGUCUUGGUCCCAAGAAGGUCACGCCUCUUGUCUUUAAACAGCACGUGCCCAACGUCAGCGAAAACACGCUACCGGCAAGUGGACUCAGCGAUGGACGUGUAUCCAGACACGAUCCAAGAUUUCGUGAUCUUGUGCCAAACUAUAACGCCGACAUCAUUUUCAAGGACGAGGAAGGUACCGGUGCUGAUAGAUUCAUGACACAGAGGUGCAAGGAGAAAUUGAAUACCUUAGCAAUCUCGGUAAUGAACCAGUGGCCCGGAGUGAAGCUGAGAGUUACAGAGGGCUGGGACGAGGAGGGAAAACAUGCAACCGAUUCCCUCCAUUACGAAGGACGAGCCGUCGACGUGACGACGAGUGAUCGCGAUCGAUCGAAGUACGGAAUGUUGGCGAGACUCGCAGUCGAAGCUGGUUUCGAUUGGGUUUAUUACGAAUCCAGGUCCCAUAUACACUGUUCCGUUAAGUCUGAAUCAUCAUCGGCAGGCAAAUCGGGUGGUUGUUUCCCUGGGAAAAGUUACGUCAGAACGGAAGAUGGUAGACGAAAGAGGGUGGACGAAGUCCAGUUAGGCGAACGAGUAGCAGCCAUGAAUUCUCAGGGUGAAUUGAUCUACAGCGAGGUGAUAGCUUUCUUGGAUAGAGCACCAACGGAGAGACGACAAUUCGUGAAACUUUUUACGGAAUCUGGACGAGUGUUGACCUUGACGCCAGCACAUUUGGUACCGAUCAAGGAUAAAUCAACGAUAUUUGCGGCGAGGGUAGGAAUAGGGGAUAAAAUUCUUGUGGCAGAGAAAAAAGAGGAUUCUUCGUUCUCCAUAAUGGAGAAUACUCUGAACAAUGAAGUGUACAAUGCGCGUAGUCAACGUCUUCGUUGGGAUCGAGUGAUCGAGACAAGGUUGAUCCUUGAGAAGGGUGUUUUCGCGCCGCUGACAACGGAAGGGACAUUAUUGGUCGACGACGUCAUAGCUUCGUGUUAUGCCGUAAUCGAUAGUCAAACAUUGGCACAUUAUUCCUUUCUCCCUUUGCGGAUUUGGAACAGCUUAGAAUCGUUCUUCGUUCGAAGGCCAUCUUCGGCUAGAAGAACGAUCGAUGUAGAUCGACCGGAUAUCAGGCAACAAAGGACUAAUAACGAGACAACGAACAUCGAUCACAAAGUAAACGAGAAGUAUACCGGAGUACAUUGGUACGCCUCGUUUCUUUACAAUUUUGCCUCUUCCGUUUUACCACGUAACAUGCUCUACAAUUAAUUAGAACAACUUUCAACAUGCCGAAGGAUAUAAGGGGAAAAUGAAUGAACGUUGCCUCGUUUAAUCUUAUCGGUUAAUCCUUUGAUUGAGAUCAACGACAUUUUGCUUUAUUAUUUCUCCUUUAGUGUGUUCUUCCAAGGAUGCUUUUAUCUUUUCUCUUAGAGAGAAAGAGAGAGAGGGAGAGAGAGAGAGACUAUGUCUUUUGUCUUGUUGGAUAGUGUUUGAAUUGGACAGUGACAUUUCUAUCCGGUUUACCGAGUGACGUAAAGUAUAUUAGACUUUUAGGAAAAUAAUAAAAAGAACGCGAAGCUUUAGAAAGAUAUCAAAGCUUUUUCAUCGUCUAACGUUCUAGUGUAUGUGUAUGUAUCAUACGAGUAUAUAAUAUAAAUAUCGUUCCGUGCUAUUCCUUUAAACGAAUAUAUAUAUAUAUAUAUAUAUAUAUAUAUAUAUAUAUAUAUAUAUAUAUACACAUAUACAUAAAAGUGUAUGCGUCUGUGUGUGUGAGCGAAUGAGUAACCGAAUGAACGAAUGCAUCUAUGUAUACAUGUGUAUAACGUGUACGAAUGUGUAUAUGUAAAAGAAGAGAAAGAGAAUGAAUAUGAAGAAGAUGAAAAAGAUGAAGAAUAAAUGACAAAGAUUUUUUUUUAUCGAGACGAUUUUUUCUUAUUUCGUUCGAGAUUUGUCCUUCCUUCUUGCAGUGACCUUUCGCAUACAUGAAUGCGUGCAACUCAUUUCUAUGAGGAAAGAAAGCAAGGAAAUAGAAGGAAAAGACAAAGCCAGAAAAAAGAAACAAUAACGAUAAAAAAUCCUGGAACAACGAAGCCAUUGUUGUACAUAUACACACACAUACGUACAUACAUACAUACAUACAUACAUGCAUAGAUAGAUGUGCAUAUGAAACGUGCAAAUUAAAAACACGUUAUAUCGCGGCGUUGUUCUAGCGCACGUGUUGCUGGUGCUUCGUCAAAACGAGAUGCGGAUCGCGUGAGCUUUAUUAAAAUAAAUAUCAUUUUCCUAUUUUCUAUGCUCGUUAUCGAUCGAUCAUCGGACAUUUUUUUCUUCGUCCUUGUAUAGCAAACUACCGUUGUUCGUAUGAUUAGAAAAAUAUCGGCGUAAAAUGCUAUCUAAUUAACCUUUUUUUUUUGUUCUAGUUUCAAUACCGGC